UGAAAGGGUCGAAAACGAGGCCUAUGCAAGCAGACGCUUGGCUUGCUGGUGCAACCAUUUAUUACCAGAUGUUCACUUUCUUCUGAAUUCCAACUCAUCUUAUAUACACUUAUAUACCAACUUAUAACCCAAUCAAAAUCCAUUUUCUCUUCUUUCUUCUUCUUAUCUUCCUACAACCAAAACACAAAAAUAUAAUCUUCAUUCAAACUUCAAACUAACCCCCCCUCAUUUCAGUGUAAAGACACUUUAACAAACCACCCACAAAAAAAGAAGAAGAGGCAUGCAACAUCAUUUCUUCACUGAAAAAACAAACCCAAAUUUCAUGCAUUAAUUAAUUUCAGAGUUGAAAAUAAAAACAUAGAAAGAAGAAAAAUGAAAGAAGAGAACAAAAGGAUGGGUUAUUGUUAUUAUUGGUCACCAAUUAUGAAACUAAUAAUUUGUUUCACAAUUCCAUUAAUUUUUGUUUGUGGGUUUGUUUCAUUUAUAGGUGGUCCAAAUCCCUCUAAUUGGGUCUUUAAUUAUCACCCAUUUUCAUCUUCAGCUCGAGUUUCAGGUGCAAAAUCUCAAGUUUCAACCAAAGAUUUAAGGUCGAAUUUUGAUGAAGUUAUAGCAGAGCAAGCAACUACUACUGUAACAGAACAGUCUGUUUUCUCCACACCUCCUCUUGCUAUUCAAGCUGCUUCUCCUGCUCCUCCACCAGCCGCAAAUGAGGAUUCACUAUUAAUGAAGGACAAGACUCCAAAUACCACCGAUAUCUUCGUCACCAUAUUCAAUGAAACACAUGCUCCUCCCAUGAGGAAAUUAGAACUAGAGAAGGUGGCUACUGAUUUGGAUAGACUUGAAAUUGGACUUCAACAAUCUCGGGCUGCAAUCAAGGAGGCUAAGUACACGAAUCGUACGUAUGAUGAUCCCGACUUCAAGCCACUUGGUCCAAUGUAUUGGAAUGCCAAUGCUUUUCACAGGAGCUAUUUGGAAAUGGAGAGACGGUUCAAGGUGUAUGUUUAUGAGGAAGGGGAACCCCCAUUGUUCCACAAUGGUCCAUGUAAAAGUAUAUAUUCAACCGAAGGAAACUUUAUACACCUAAUGGAGAUUAAUAAUCAGUUCCGAACCAAGAAAUUGGAUGAGGCUCAUGUUUUCUUCCUUCCCUUCAGUGUCGUCAUGAUGGUUCAUUUCGUUUAUUUACGAGAUUCACAUGACUUUGGACCCAUACGACAGACGGUGAGAGAUUAUAUUAACGUCGUUUCCACUAAAUAUCCUUACUGGAAUCGCAGCCUUGGAGCCGAUCAUUUUAUGCUCUCUUGUCAUGACUGGGGGCCAGAGACAUCAUUUUCAGUUCCUUACCUAGCCAAGAACUCUAUUCGGGUCCUAUGCAAUGCUAACACUUCUGAAGGGUUUAAACCUCAGAAAGAUGUGUCGCUUCCUGAGAUCAACCUUCGUACGGGUGCAAUAAACGGGUUUGUUGGUGGCCCAUCCCCUUCACGCCGCUCCAUCUUGGCCUUCUUUGCGGGCGGGCUUCAUGGACCCAUUAGGCCUAUCCUCCUAGAGCACUGGGGUAACAAGGACGAUAAAGACUUGAAAAUCUUCACCUACCUCCCAAAAGGCGUUUCUUACUAUGACAUGCUAAGGAAUAGCAAAUUUUGUAUUUGUCCUAGUGGUUACGAGGUUGCGAGCCCUAGAGUGGUGGAAGCGAUCUACACCGGAUGUGUUCCGGUUCUCAUCUCAGAUCACUAUGUUCCACCAUUUAGCGACGUGUUGAAUUGGAAGUCGUUCUCAGUUGAGGUCUCAGUUAAAGACAUACCGAACUUGAAGACGAUCUUAACAAAUAUUUCUACAAAGAAGUAUUUGAAGAUGUAUAGAAGAGUGCUUCAAGUUAGGAGGCAUUUCGAAGUGCAUGCUCCUCCUAAACGUUAUGAUUUCUUCCACAUGAUACUGCAUUCAGUUUGGCUUCGGAGACUGAACGUUCAUGUCCAUGAUCUUCAAGAGUUGUAAAGUUAAAAUGAUGUAACGUGAGAUAUUGUAGAAACAGUAAUACAGUAUUAGUCUUGGAGAGAA